GAUUAAGCACAUACAAACACAACCCCAAAGAAAUCAAAACAGAGGACAAAUAUUGCUUCCUGUUAAUGUACAAUGACCAAUAAGGCUACUGUUUCCGUUACUCUUAUUUUAAACCCAUGAAAAAUGUUUUCAAAGAAACUCAAAAAGGAACAAUUUAUUCCUCCACACCAGUUGAUGGUGGUAAAGAAGAGACCCACCGCGCUCCCUCUUGGCUAGCUCUCGCGAGAUGACGCGGGGCAGCGUGAGACUGGGGGCACCAGCAGCAUCAGCAUUAGCAUAAGCACUAACAACAACAGCGGCGGCAGCAGCAGCAGAGCACCAUCAUCAUGUUUCUAGUGUGAGAAGAAAAGACGUUUGAGGCCACACCGAUUCACACGGACACGCGCAUCACAUUGCGUCACCGCUACUAACAGGAUGUGACCAACCUUCUCUUGGAUGAAUGAAGAUCUUUCAGUUCCAGGCCCAUGUGUUUCCUGUUUGGUCAGAGCUUCAGAGGUGCACCAAUGAUGUAGCCAAAACGAGCUUGAAUGGGAUUGACUCCGUCUUUGGCUCAUGGCUUUGGAUUUUUUUGUCUCGAUCUCGUCACUCAUGUUUGUAAACCGUCAGACCAAUGUCCUGCUUUUGUCCACCACUCACUGAGGCCGCCUGCUGCGUGGUCACAUUUCAGGUCACCUCUUAGACCAUCAGGUGCAUUAGUGCCCCCCCCCUCCUUUUAGGAGAAUGAACGGCUCCCUUUUAAACCCGCCCAGCCCGAGGGCAGCAAACGCCUCUCCAUUGCCUCCCUCACCUUCUCCGUCUCCAUCACCGCCCUCCCCCUCUCUACUGCCACUGUCCCCACGCCCCCCUCCUCUCCCUCCUCUGGUGAGUCCUUCCUCACAGGCCCACACCUCCUCCCUGUCAGACACGCCCACCCCCUCGCCCUCACCUUGCCUAAGUUGGACCGAAUUCUGUGAGCUCCAUGCCCGUGUGGCUGCUGGUGACUUUGCACGCCACUUUCGUGCUUUCCUCCAGGAAAACCCUCACUACUCUGCAGAGUCGGCUGCAGCUUUCUGCCGAAGAUUCACCGAUCGAUUUGUACGACACUUUCAAAGUGAGCUGCAGGGGGUGCUCCUCCCGAGCUGUACGUCUGGAAGGGAGGAUAUGGGAAGCUGGGCUCCUCAGUCUGAGGUCACUUCACUAGAAGAUGAAGCUGUCUCUCCACUGUUGGCCAGCGAAGCUGCCGUCCUCCCUUGUCCUCCCAGUAAUGCAAUGCGGACUUUGUCAAAGGCCACACCCACACGCCUGGUUUUGGAGCAGCGUAGCGGUGAAAGGUAUCAGGACUCCUAUGCCCACGGACAGGUCCUACCGCCGUCCUCGUCCUCGUCUUGCUGCUCCUCAGUGGGCGGGAACAACGGGGGGCGACGUGAAGAUAGGGGUGUGACUGUGGUGGCUCCCGGGAACGGUGACGCACCAGUGGAGGAAGAUGAAGACGCCUGGCUUGGGGCAUCAUCAGUCGGAGAGGACACCGACGCAAAGGAGCAGGAGACAGAGUUGACAGAGGUAGAUGGCAGCGACCACGCUCAGCAGAUACCUCCCUCCUCCUCCUCUGCCUCCAUCACUCCUCCUCCAGAGUCAAGAGGCAGCAGUUUGACUGGCACCUCUAAAAACAAACUGAAGAAACGAUUUUCUCUGCGAAAUGUGGGGCGCAGCGUUCGUGGGAGCGUGCGGGGAAUCCUGCAUUGGCGCAGCUCCUCCAGCGACUCUCCCCAGAGCCAGCUCCCCUCCAGCUACAGCUACACCAUGGGGGUUCAUGACCCCGCUCUGCACCCGGCUUCAAAGAGGAACUCUGGAGGAACGCAGCCUCCCACUCCGACCUCCUCCAUGCCCAUCUCCCUGUCAAUGCCCCUGUCCCUUCCCCACUCCUCAUCCUCUUCUUUGCCCCCCUCCUCGUCCAGCAGCGCUACCUCUCUAUCGCUGUCGGAGGCUGCGCGGGAUCGACGCAGGAGCAACGGUGAAGGAGGAGAGAAGGAGAAGUGGAGCCAUCGUCUGGAAAAACUCAGGCUAACGCGUUCGCCACCUCCUGUCCUCACCCCCACUUCCACCACCUCCUCCUCAGCAUUGCCUCCGAGCAGUGCUGCCGCCGUCAGCGCUAAGGUGGGCCGCCUGGUGCGGGAAGGUGGAGUCAACGUCAGCUCGUCCAGCGACGAGUUCAGUGGAAGCCACGGCUUCUCUGGCUUCUCUUUCAGCCUGCUGCACCACGGUACAGACAGUGGCCACAAUGCCAUCGUAGUGUCACCAGCAGGAGGUGAGACGGGUGCAGCGCCUUCUGUGGCCAGUGGAGGAAAUACUCCCUGGAGAGGAGGACGUUGGCAUAAAUGCCGCCUGGUCCUCAGAGAGAGGGACAGGGAAGGUGCUGAGACAGGAGAGGAGUACUACCUGGAAUUCUUCAUCCCGCCAAAAUCAUCCAAGCCACGGCUCACCGUGUCCUGCUCCUCCAUCGUGGAAGUGAGGAGCACCACUGCGCUGGAGGUUCCUGACAAGGAGAACACCUUCUUUUUGCAGCUGGAAGCCUCCGCGCAGUAUGUGAUCGAGACCCGUGACGCUGUUCAGAUGAGAGCAUGGCUGAGCGACAUCAGAAACGGCAUUUGCCUCAGUGAGCAGGAAGAUGCUGAAGGAGUGUGUGUGGGGCCGUCAGACAUCAGUGGAACACCAGACCGUCUGUCACAAGUGUGUUACGGGGGUAUUGCAGGCUCUUCCCCUCUGAUGGACCCCCUCCCUCCGGAGCUGCCACCUCGAGCCCCUCUGGACGAUCCCGAUGGUCGGAUACUGGGAGGAGGCGGAGCAAGCCUGGGCACACCUUUUGCUGAGACGCCAGAAGCGACAGGUUCUUUCCUGUUCUCUGAUGUAACGCCUGCUGAGACGGUGGAACAUCCUCUCAGCGAGUGCCAGUGGUUUCACGGAACCCUGUCCCGCCUCAAAGCCGCUCAGCUGGUGUUGGCCGGCGGCCCGGCCAGUCAUGGCGUUUUUCUGGUUCGCCAAAGUGAAACAAGACGUGGAGAAUAUGUCCUGACCUUCAACUUCCAGGGCAAAGCCAAGCAUCUGCGUCUGUCUCUGAACGAGGACGGUCAGUGUAGGGUGCAGCACCUUUGGUUCCAGUCCAUCUUUGACAUGUUGGAGCACUUCCGGGUUCAUCCCAUCCCUCUGGAGUCUGGCGGCGCCUCUGAUGUCACACUUGUCAGCUUUGUGGGCGCCACCACGGUCCGUCAGCCAGGCCGGGACAGGGCAGGCAGCCGGCCCACAGUUUGUGAUGUCAUCACCACGCGCCAUCCCGACUCUCCAUCUACCCCCAUCUCUGACUGUGUACUUGACCAGCAGACCCCGUAGUCCACCUGUGCCACCACCUCCUCUGCCACCGGGACGUCCGCCGCCACCGACGCCCCCGCAGGAGAGAGGGAGUGACACGGAGCUGGGAGCAGGAAGAGCAACGGCAGCUGCAGGGGUGGAAGGAGGAAAUGGAAUUGGCGUCGGAGGAGGAG